CCUAUGUAUCUAUAAAUAAUAAUUAAUUGCAGGCUAGUGAAGAGAAGAAGUGAAUUGCUGCUGUGAUGGCUUCAAGUCAGGAAGAGGUGACGCUUUUGGGAGUUGUGGGAAGCCCAUUUUUGCACAGGGUUCAGAUUGCUCUCAAGUUGAAGGGAAUUGAAUACAAAUAUUUGGAAGAUGAUUUGAACAACAAGAGUGAUCUUCUCCUCAAGUAUAACCCAGUUCACAAAAUGAUUCCUGUGCUUGUUCACAAUGAGAAACCCAUUUCAGAGUCCCUUGUGAUUGUUGAGUACAUCGAUGAUACAUGGAAACAAAACCCUAUCUUGCCUUCUGAUCCUUAUCAAAGAGCCUUGGCUCGUUUCUGGGCCCAGUUCAUGGAUGACAAGUGUGUGGUUGCAGCAGCGAAAUUUGUUUUAAAGGUUGAUGAGAAAGAGAAAGAGAAGGCUACUGAAGAGUUGUAUGAGGCUCUGAAGUUUCUUGAGAAUGAGCUGAAGGACAAGUUUUUUGCAGGAGAGGAGAUCAUUGGCUUUGUGGAUAUUGCUGCUGUGUUCAUACCUUUGCUUCAAGAGGUAGCACAGAUACAAUUGUUCACAAGUGAGAAAUUUCCAAAGCUUUUUAAAUGGAGCAAGGACUUUUACAACCAUCCAGUUGUCAAAGAAAUUAUGCCUUCUAAAGACCAACUUUUUGUCUAUUUUAAGGCUAGGGCUCAAAGCCUUGCUGCUAAAAAGAAGAAUUAAUAUAGAAUGAGACUCGGAAUUUCCGAUGAGGGUUCAAGUUUGUGUGGAAGGUAUUACUUGUCUGUCUUAAGUUAUUGUUGUUAGAUUUUCAUUUUAAAAUGAAAUGUGUGAUGUAAGAUUUGUCUUUGUCAGAAAUCAUGUUGACAUGUUCGCUAUUUGAAUUAAUAAAAUAAAAGAAUGAGUUGUGGUAACUA